UUGUUUCUCUCAAUCUCAAAAUCUUCAAAAUAUUUCCCAUUGUCAUCAUUUAACCUUGUGCAUCAAAACCAAAUAAUUCCAAUAAUACAAUACUUUAUUAUUUUGUAUCAAAUGGCUGAUCCACGACUCAGACAAAUCAAAAUUCAAACAGGUAUUGUUAAAAGAUUGACUAAAGAAGCUGAUUGUUAUGAAAAGGAAGCCGAACAGCAAAAAAAACGUGUAAUUAGUUAUAAAGAUCAAGGAAAAGGCGAAUAUGAGAUCAGGAAACAGGAAGAGGUGCUCCAGGAGGCUCUGAUGAUGGUUCCGGACUGCAGGAGGAGGUUGCAAAAAGCUUACGAAGGUUUAAAGUCAAUUUUGGACACUGAAAAAGAUCUUGUAGAGACAGAAGAAUUUAAGUCAGCCGAACAAUUCUUGUUGGACGCACAAAAAAAACUGCCACCAUCUGAAGGAGGCACCGAUUAUUGCUAAUUUAAUUUAACCACCACUUUACUGAAUUAAUAAUUCUAAAAUGGCAUCACCUAACAAUUUUAAUACACAGGUUGAGAAUUCAGUAAACGUUAAAACCAAAUCAACUAAAAUAAAUCAUGCAAGUUUAUCAAAUUUGAAGAAUCUUCUACUAGAAAUUAAAUACAUAACAAAAAGCUUAAGUAGCACUGAAAAUAAUUUAAGACGAAACGCAC